GUGCUCACUCCCUUUAUCCUUCAUAUAUAUUGAUGUUGUGGUUGUGAAGUGUUGUAAUUUUAGGUUACCCAAUUUGUUUAUUUUGGAUCUGGGUAGUUGUAAACAGUAGUAUUGGGAGGAUCUAUGUAAGAUGACUAAAUAUGCACCGGAAAUACUUAUUCUCUCAAUAUUUGUAUCUUCGGCCUCACUCCUGCUGCUCAUCAAUAAAGCUGUCUACAGUCCAGAAUUAUUACAAAAUGUAGCCCCAGAAUACAGCUGGCUAAUUGAUGGUUUCAUCAACUUGCUGUGCUACUCCACAAUACUGAUACCAGGUUACUUAGUAUAUAAAUACAUUAAGAAAAUCAACUACUUAGAUAAAGCAGUUGGAAACAAUUGCAUUGUUACAUUGAUACAAAAGUGCUUUCAAGAGGAUGAAAGUCUAGAUAGAACAGUCUCAGCUACACAAACUGCCUCACAAAGAACUGAAUGUAAUACUGCAAUACGUCUGUUAUUCUAUUUUGUAUGUCUUCAGCUGUCUUUGGUGUCUUGGGGUGUUCUACAAGAAAAAGUUACUCAUGAGUAUGUGAAUGAGAAGAAAGAAGUUGGCGUGUUUAAAGACUCGCAAUUUUUAGUGUUCAUUAAUAGGAUUCUUGCUUUUACUAUAUCUGGAAUUGUUAUGUGUUUGCGCAGACAGCCAAGACAUAAGUGUCCUAUGUACAAAUAUGUUUUUUGUUCUCUAUCAAAUAUUUUAAGUUCCUGGUGUCAAUAUGAAGCUCUCAAAUACGUGUCUUUCCUUCAUCAAGUACUAGCCAAAGCGGCAAAAACAAUCCCUGUUAUGAUUAUGGGUCGAAUUGUAUCACGGACGAAGUAUGAAAAGUACGAAUAUAUAACAGCGUGCGUCCUAUCUGCUGGAAUGUUAUUCUUUAUGUGGGAUACAGGGAAUGACAAAGAUACAUCCACCUCAAUAACUACAUUCUCUGGUGCAAUCCUUCUUUGCUCGUAUAUUGCGUUCGACAGUUUUACUACAAAUUGGCAAGGUGCUCUCUAUACCCAAUAUUCCAUGACACCGAUUCAGAUGAUGUGCGCGGUGAACUUAUUCUCCUGCUGUUUUACAGCAGUUUCGUUAUUCCAACAAGGAAGUUUCAUACACUCAUUAAAUUUUAUGAUCAAAUUCCCAAGGUUCAUAGUUGACUGUGUUCUGUUAUCUAUUUGUUCCGCGGUCGGCCAACUCUUCAUUUACAGUACCAUCGCAGACUUCGGUCCUCUGGUCUUUGCCAUCAUUUCUACGAUCCGACAAGGAUUCUCUGUAAUAAUGAGUUGCAUACUGUUUGAACAUGAGGUGCAUUCGUUAGGUAUAUUCGGACUAUUUCUUGUUUUCCUUAGUCUUUUCUUUAGGAUCUACUGUUCACAUAGAAGCAAAGUUCUACGGAAGCGCGCUCGAAUCAAUAACGAAAGUAUCAAACAUUAGAUACUGUAAGGAUAACAUUUUAAAACAUUGUAUAUAAUUUAACUAAAAU